UGUUUUCUAUCUUGGAUAUUUCGUGUUUGAAUUAUUUGAAGUAUACAUGGUCGCUUGCUUGACAGAUAAUAGGUUCUAAUAAGUUUUAGCUAUUAUUGCAUUUAUUUUGGUGUAUAAUUUCUGUUUAAUCCACAUAGAACAUCAUACCUUAGAAGCAUAAUUCCGUACACUUUCUAUCUUCUGCCUAUAAUAAGUAAUUGUCUAAAAUGUCAGAUGACGAAGAUUUGGUUUAUAUUAAGAAGCAAAAGACUGUUCAUUAUGGAUCCCUCGAAGAAGCGGAGCGUGCUAGGUUGGUUGCUGCGGCUGAAUCUUCUGAAGAAGAAAAAAGUUCCACAAAUUUGGGAGAUAACGCUAAUGCUACAACUACUUUGGGAAACAUUCAUAUAUCAAAUGAAUAUAUGGAACUUGAAGAUGAGAUGUCUAAAGAUAGACAAGCUCUCUUAGAAGAAUUUGAACGUAGAAAGAAAGCUCGUCAAAUCAAUGUGUCCACUGAUGAUUCCGAAGUAAAGAAAAAUUUGAGACAAUUGGAUGAGCCUAUUUGUCUCUUUGGUGAAGGACCUGCAGAUAGGAGAACAAGACUGAGGGAAUUAUUGGCCAAUUUGGGUGAAGAUGCAAUUAAAAAAAAACACGAAGAAGAGGAGAAACCGUCCCAUCCAAUUGAGAGAGACACAGAAACAACAUGGUAUCAUGAAGGGCCAGACUCACUCCAAAUAGCACGUUCUUGGAUUGCUACGUAUUCACUGCCCAGAGCCAAAGCGAGAUUGGGUAAGGCAAGGCAGGAUUUGGAGUUGCCAACAGCUACCCGUACAGCACGCCGUCAAGAGCUUCUGAAAAAGUUACAAGCUUUGACAAUUUACUGUUCUCAAAUUGGAGAUACUAGGCCAAUUUCUUUCUGUCAGUUCAGUCCAAAUUCCAAAUUGCUCGCUACAGCUUCAUGGUCAGGCUUGUGUAAAAUAUGGUCUGUACCUGACUGUACUUUGUUAAGAACUCUUAAAGGACACACUUGUAAUGUUGGCUGCAUUGUUUUUCAUCCAAAAGCUACUAUUACUGAAGAGGUGGUAGGAGAAAAAUCUGGACAGACUUGUGUGUUAGCAUCUUGCGCUUCGGAUGGAACAGUAAAGUUGUGGAGUGGUGGAUCCGGGGAGGAACCCUUAGCUGAAGUCGAAGGACACGAACCGCACAGAGUUUCAAGGCUAGCUUUUCAUCCAUCUGGUAGAUUUCUUGGGACAUGUUGCUAUGAUGCAUCUUGGAGACUUUGGGAUUUGGAACAGCAAGCAGAAGUCUUACAUCAGGAAGGUCAUGCCAGAGCUGUACAUUGUAUUAGUUUUCAGGGUGACGGUAGUGUAAGCGCCACAGGCGGUCAUGACUCUUUCGGUCGAGUGUGGGACCUUCGCACAGGACGGUGCAUUAUGUUUAUGGAGGGUCAUUUGAAAUCUAUCUUUGGUAUCGAUUUCUCCCCGAAUGGAUUUCACAUAGCAACAGCGAGCGAAGAUAAUACUUCUAAGAUAUGGGAUUUACGAAAGAGAUCUUGCGUGUAUACGAUACCUGCGCACACAAAUUUACUAUCAGACGUGAAAUACCAAAGGAUAGAAGGACAAUACCUAGUCACAGCAUCGUACGACAAUACUGCGAAAAUAUGGUCAAAUAAAACCUGGCAACCACUUAAAACGUUACCAGGUCACGAUGGUAAAGUUAUGUCCGUCGAUAUUUCUCCCGAUCAUAAAUUCAUCGGGACUAGUUCGUACGAUCGAACGUUCAAAUUGUGGGCUCCCGAAAACAUGUAACAAGACUUGAUGGAAUAAAGAAUAAUUUAAAAACAAACGAA